UACCGACAUGCCUAACUACCCGUUCCCGAUUCUAUGGCUGCCCCCGAAACCACUAGGUCAUUUGCUUCGAAACAUGGAUUUUAGAAAUUUAAUCAUCUUCUCGCUGACCUCAAAACCUGCAAAAUGGCUGACGGAACUACUCAACAUGGACGCCCCGAUGAUCAGUGUUCAUGUGGACCACCAAAUUAAUAUUAUAGUUAGCUCUGUUAAAAGUGUCACCUACCAUGCCUCCAACGGGUCUCUACGCGAAUCUCGUGGCAAAAUCGAUCGACAAAUCAAUUUCCCAGGGAGCCUCAAACAAUUUGUCGAGCACCUUUUACACAUAUUUAAAGAGCACAAGAUAGAUGAUUUGGAGAUAAUGUGUAAUAGUGUCUAUCAAUAUAAGCCGGAUAUUCAAGCGUUGAAAGGGAUUAAAAUGAGAACUUUGAAGCUUAGGUACCAAGAAUCAAUUCUGAAAAUGUUUGGGACAAGCGCGGAUCGCAUUGAAUUCUCCACUAUAAAAAGUGCGGAGUUGGAGAAUUCCAAGGACAUUUUGAUUCAGAACUUUGAUUAUUUGAAGUUCGACUUCGAAGGUUCCCUGACAGCUGACAAUUUGAUCGGUAUCAAUGGCAAGGUGGUGAAUAUCUGGGCUGCUGACAUCGAGAUGAAAGAUGUGAACAUAUUCCUGAAACACUGGCUGAAAGGUUCAAAUCCCCGAUUGGAAAAAUUGAUUCUGAAAACUUACCGCUUGGAUACAGAUGGAAAUUCAGUGGAGGAUUCAGUGGCUGACCUUUUCCGGGACUUGGAUUGUGAGAGCAUUGCUGAAUCGCAAUUUGAAAUUCUACGCGACGACGAAUCAAUCGCUAAGAUUUCGAUUCUUGAGCAUGGCUAUUGGUAUAAUAAAAUUCAUUGUUACUUUUCAUUGAAUGAAGCUAUGAACUUAUAUACUACAUAUUUUUGGGAUAUAGUUCAUUUGCAGGAGAAAAUUCUGCACUGA